AGUUUUGUAACGCAGAGCAUAGGUGAAAAACAGGCUGUGUGUUUGGUAAGUGAAUCACUGGAUAUGGGGAGCGCGGGGCCUUCUGUACCUUGAGGGGACCAAUGCACCUUGUAUAGUCCACAUAUAGGGCGGAUCGGUACUGCUGUUAUUUUUACAAAAAAACAUGCUUGACUGCUUUUCUUUCCUGUGUUAACUGCAAAAGCCCUAAAAAGCCAAACCUGUAACCAAAGCUGUACAGACACUGGCCAGGGUUGCUGAAUAGCUGACUACACUGAAUUGAAAGAAAAUGGAUCAUCCUUACAUCUCUCUUGUUUUGCUCAUAUUCAUGGCCUGUUCAUCGAGUGCCGGGAAAACAUUCUGGACUCAUCAAGGAACUCGUUGUAUUGAAGACUGUAAGGCCUACUGGGGUGCAUACAAGUGCAAGACUAUUGAUAAAGAUGGACAGUGCCAGACAAUGUACUGUUCACCUAAAGAAAACAUAGACUACUGGGGCAGGCAGUGCAGUGAAACCAGUAAGUGCUGGAAGCGUGGUAAAAACUAUUCCUCCAAAACUGGUUUCUUACAUUGGGGAUACUGUGGGCUGGUAAUGGACGACAACAACCAUUAUGGAUCUUACACAGAUGCACAGUGUUAUGACAACUGUGAACAAAGAGGUGAAUCCUACUAUUGGUGCCAUACUGAACAGGGUUGGGAUUACUGUUCACCUAAUGAAAACACGGAUUACAUGAACAAGCAGUGUAAAGAAGACAGGCCAUGCGCAAAACGCAAUAGCAAGUACUACUGGUGUGCAGUGGAGGAAACCUGGGGUUACUGUGGCCUCGUGAAGCCAAAGAUGUUCUACUACUGGACUUAUGAAAAUUCUGUUUGCAUUGACGUAUGCCAUUAUUAUGAGAGAGGAGAUUACUACUGGUGCCACACAGACAAAGGCUGGGACUACUGCUCUCCAGAAGUGGAUGUAACUUAUAAAGGCACACCAUGUCGCUCAGAUCACUUCUGUGGUUUACAUGGCUAUAGUUACAACUGGUGCUGGACCUCAGGAUCAGGUUAUGAUUACUGUGGGCCCAUUGAAUCUGCAGAGUGCUCCUACGUCCCCUCUACACAUCUCAGGAGGGGAGCCGAUGACAACAACCCCCAGAAAAUUGUGAUAUGCACAAAGGUAGAUAAAGGAAACAAGAAGAUAACCAUCUUUACCGCUAACCCAGAUCCUGAUGACAUUGCUGAUGGAAGCAAAUUUAAACAUGAGGUGGAAAACUUAGUCAGUCAGUGGGACAAUGGGUAUUUAGUGGACCAGGCACGUUCUAAUCUGUUACGCUCUGCUGAUGUCCGCAUUGAUAUGCAGGGGCUUAUAAACCGUAACAAUCUGAGAUACUACAAUCUGCAGGUCCAGCGAAACGUGCCACGGAGGGCUGGUGAAAGCACCACCGUUUCCCAGAUCAUCGUACCUCCGGGAGUCCCGGCUCGGUACAUUCGAAGAGCCUUUAUCGAAAGCUUAAGGAUGAGAGCGCAGGUUUUUAUUGAUGUUUCAACGUCAAAUCUGGACCCUCACCAUUAAUGUUGCCUUCUGGUGGAAUGACUCUCUCUGCUUGCUCUUAACCUAUCCUGUUUGUUUUGUUUGCUUUUCCAUAAAAAGUGUGCAAUGUUCAGCUUUAGACUUGUUACUGCACCUAUUGUUACUUUAAAAUGCUUCUCUUAUCCUUAUUUGUAAGAGGAAAAUGUAAAAAAUGCCAAUGAGUCGGUCACUACACAGCUGUAACUCCUACUUUUGAUUAUGUACAGCAGAAAUUCAGACAGCAUAAUCUUCGAGCUUCAUUUUAAAUGUGCUAUUAAUAAAACAAGUUUUGCCCAGA